AUGGAUACGGAUGAAAAUAAGAGAUACGAAGUACCUGAGUGUGACGAUCAUCCACGCUAUGGAGGUCCUCUCGGCGAGGACGAUGACUCCGAAGCGAAACGGAAAGCGGAGGAAAGAGAAAUGAAGAAAGCCGAAGUGCGUAAGCGCCUGGAGGAAGCUGGCAAGAAAAAGGCGAAAAAGGGUUUUUUAACUCCAGAGAGGAAGAAGAAACUUCGUAAGCUGCUUAUGAUGAAAGCAGCAGAAGAUCUUAAACAGCAACAAUUACUGAAAGAACAGGAAAGGCAGAAAGUUCUCUCACAACGUACAAUACCAUUACCAGAUGUAGACACCAUCGAAGAUCACGGUAAAUUGGAAGCAAUCUACAAUCAGUUGUUUCAACACAUGGUAAAGUUGGAAGAGGAAAAAUACGAUAUUAACCAAGCAGUCAUGGCUAAGGAUGCUGAAAUCAAUGAACUUACCAUUGCUGUGAACGAUCUGCGAGGGAAAUUCGUGAAACCGACGCUGAAAAAAGUUUCAAAAUAUGACAAUAAAUUCAAGAAAAUGGCGGGACAGAAAGAAGAUAAGCAAGACUUCCGAGCAAACCUCAAAGUUGUCAAAAAAGAUAAUGUCAUCGAUGAUAUCGUUAAUAAACAAAUGGCAAAGAAGACUGACAAGCCUGAGUGGUCCAAAAAAACUAGUGAUAAAGGUGGCGCUGAAGCGGAAGAGAAAAAGCAGGAAGCGCCAGUGGAAGAAGCAGCACCUCCUGAAGACGCUGCCGAAGAAGAAGGCGUUGAGGAGGGCGAAGAAGGAGAUGAGGAAGCUGAAGAAGAAGAGGAGGAAGAGGAAGAAUGA